UAAAGCAGUGCUAUCAUGGCGGAGCGCGUUCAGCAGCCCCCAGCAAAACGGCUCUGCUGUAGACCGGGUUAUAACACGAAUUGUAGACAGGGACAACGGGCUGGGGGUACGUUAUGUGGCGGUUCGGGUGCGGCACAAGGCGGGUCGAGCAAAACCCAGACCCCGGAGUCUCUGUUGGACAUCUCGGCCCGGAAAGUGGCUGAGAAGUGGCCGUUUCAACGGGUAGAGGAGCGCUUCGAACGGAUCCCGGAGCCUGUACAGAGACGGAUCGUUUACUGGUCUUUCCCAAGGAGUGAACGGGAGAUCUGCAUGUAUUCUUCGUUCAGUACAGGGGGAGAGGAGAGUGGAACUAGCGGGGAAAAUAGUGAUGAGACGCGGCUGCCUUUCAGACGAGGCAUCGCUCUAUUGGAGAGCGGCUGUGUGGACAACGUAUUGCAAGUCGGGUUCCACCUCAGCGGAACGGUAACAGAACCGGCCACGCCGUCGGAAUCCGAGCUCGUCUGCAGCGUGAGUGUCAGCUUCGACCGCUGCAAGAUCACCGCGGUCACGUGCAGCUGUGGCAACAAGGACAUCUUCUACUGCGCGCACGUGGUAGCACUGGCCUUGUACCGCGUACGGAAGCCCGAGCAGGUCAAACUGCACCUGCCCAUCUCAGAGACACUGUUCCAGAUGAACAGAGACCAGCUGCAGAAAUUUGUCCAGUACCUGAUAACAGUACACCACACGGAGGUGCUGCCCACUGCUCAGAAACUAGCUGAUGAGAUUCUGUCAACAAACUCUGAGAUCAACCAGGUCCAUGGAGCCCCAGACCCCACGGCAGGGGCCAGUGUAGAUGAUGAGAACUGUUGGCACCUGGAUGAGGAGCAGGUCCAGGAGCAGGUGAAACUCUUCCUCUCACAGGGAGGAUACCACGGCUCUGGGAAACAACUCAACCUGCUGUUCAACAAGGUGAGAGAGAUGUUGAAGAUGCGUGACUCCAACGGUGCCAGGAUGUUAACACUGAUCACAGAACAGUUUAUGGGCGACCCUCGUCUGGCACUGUGGAGACAACAGGGAACCACCAUGACCGACAAAUACAGACAGCUGUGGGAUGAGCUAGGUACCCUGUGGAUGUGUAUUGUGCUGAACCCCCACUGUAAGUCGGAGCAGAAGUGUGUGUGGCUGAGACAGCUUAGACGGUGGAACAGCGUCGAUGUGUGUCCAUGGGAGGACGGAAACCAUGGCAACGAACUACCCAACCUCACACACGCACUACCGCACGGCAACCCAGACUUGUUGUCUCGUCCUCAUAGGACAGUGUUUACGAGGGCCAUUGAGGCCUGCGACCUGCACUGGCAGGACACACAUCUGCAGCGCGUCAUCACACAUGACCUCUGCACACACACGCACACACACACACACUGUCCCCACGACAACCACGGAAGUGGAGGGGCACUGUUUGACGCCCGCGGCUGGCCCCUCUGGCACGAGCACGUCCCAACAGCGUGUGCGAGGGUUGACGCGCUGCGGUCACAUGGUUAUCCCAGAGAAGCCUUGCGAUUGGCCAUUGCUAUUGUUAACACACUCAAGCGGCAGCAACAGAAACAACUACAGCUCCUCCGCAACCACAAAAAAGAGCUGCUCCAUAAAGGCAUGACGUCAGUCACUAACAUGGAGGGCUGGGUGGGCCACCCCCUGGACCCUAUUGGCACUCUGUUCAGCACCCUACUGGACACGGGACGAGGAGACGAGGAGGGGAGCAACGCCUUCCUAGACUUCUCAGGCUCUGUGAGUUCAGCCAAAAGGUUGGAGCCCCACCUCUUCACAGCACAACACUUCCUGGACGAUGGCCAAUCGUUCGUAGCACUGGCUGUAGAGACGGCUCUGAUUGGCUUAGGGCAGCAGAGGGUGAUGCCUGACGGCCUAUACGCCCAGGAGAAGGUGUGUCGCAACGAAGAGCAGCUAUUGGCCAAGCUCCAGGAAGUGGAACUGAACGAUGCCCUGGUCAAGAUCUUCCGCAAGCAAGCAGUCUUCCUGCUAGAGGCUGGUCCAUACAGUGGUCUAGGAGAGUUGCUCUACAGAGAGAGUGUUCCCAUGCAUACUUUCGCCAAGUAUCUCUUCACCUCCCUACUACCUCACGACGCUGAACUGGCGUACAAAAUUGCACUGAGAGCCAUGAGGUUACCGGUCCUGGAAACCACAGCUCCAUCAGGUGAUCUAUCCAGACCUCACCAUAUAGUAUCUAUGGUCCCUAACCGCUACCCUCGCUGGUUCACUCUAUCUCACAUAGAGUCACAACAAUGUGAACUGGCCUCCACCAUGCUUACCGCAGCCAAAGGCGAUGGGCGUAAGUUAGAAACGGUGUUAGAGUCCAUCCAGAAGAACAUCCACUCCUCGUCUCACAUCUUCAAACUGGCUCAGGAUGCCUUCAAGAUCGCUACUCUGAUGGACAGCCUGCCAGACCUCACACUGCUUAAAGUCUCACUGGAGCUGGGCCUUCAGGUGAUGAGAAUGACUCUGUCCACGUUGAACUGGAGGAGGAGAGAGAUGGUACGGUGGCUGGUCACCUGUGCCACAGAAGUUGGUGUGUAUGCGUUGGACAGCAUCAUGCAGAGUUGGUUCACCCUGUUCACCCCGACCGAGGCCACCAGCAUCGUGGCCACCACCGUCAUGUCCAACACCACCAUCGUCCGCCUGCACCUGGACUGUCAUCAACAGGAGAACCUGGCCUCCUCCGCCCGGACCCUGGCCCUGCAGUGUGCCAUGAAGGACCCCCAGAACUGUUCCCUCUCCGCACUCACCCUCUGUGAGAAGGACCACAUCGCCUUCGAGACGGCCUACCAGAUCGUUCUGGACGCGGCCGUCACGGGGAUGAGCUACACACAGCUCUUUACGAUAGCCAGGUACAUGGAGCACAGAGGAUAUCCCAUGAGGGCAUACAAGCUGGCCACGCUAGCCAUGGCCCACCUUAACCUCAGCUACAACCAGGACACCCACCCGGCUAUCAACGACGUGCUGUGGGCCUGUGCUCUGAGUCACUCUCUGGGGAAGAAUGAGCUGGCUGCAGUCAUCCCCCUGGUGGUGAAAAGUGUGAAGUGCGCCACUGUGCUGUCAGACAUUUUGAGACGGUGCACAUUGACCACGCCGGGCAUGGUGGCACUGCACAGCCGCAGGAACUCUGGGAAGCUGAUGUCGCUGGACAAGGCUCCACUCAGGCAACUGCUGGACGCCACCAUCGGAGCCUACAUCAACACCACGCACUCUCGCCUCACUCACAUCAGCCCGCGCCACUACAGCGAGUUUAUAGAGUUCCUCAGUAAGGCCAGAGAGACGUUCCUCAUGGCCCAGGACGGACACAUCCAGUUUACCCAGUUCAUAGACAACCUCAAACAGAUCUACAAGGGCAAGAAGAAACUCAUGAUGCUUGUACGGGAGAGGUUCGGUUGACGAAAGACUAAACUUAAAAACUAUUGUGAUUGGUCGAUGGAUCUAUUGAGAUGGAGAUUGAGAGCGAUCACGCCCCCUUUUACUUGAUUCUGCCUUUGUAUCCCUUUUAACUUAAAAAGUGACGGAAAAAGUGAAAGAGAAACCUGAAAACAACAAAAGGCCACAUCGGUAUUAAUGUGUAUAGACCCUAUUUAGUUCACAAACAAGCAAACAAAAAAGAAAAUUGUCAUGUUGUGGAAGUGUGUGUGUGUCCCUUUAUGUAUAAAGACAGUGUGAAAGAGUGUAAGAGAGAGAGAACUAAAGAGAAAAAUAAAAUCUUUUUACACUGAGUAUAUGUUGUCCAGUGGCGAGAUGUCCACAUAGCACUCCUGUCCCCCUCUGUUAAAUGCUCACAGCUCAGAGACAAUGAGACAAACAAGGCUUAAAACCAAACAGAGCAACUCCAUCAGACGUGACCAGUACCUCAUACGGACCCAGCUUUAUUCCCCCCUUGUCCUUAGCCCUUCCUCACCCCUCCUUCCCCCACUCAGUGUAGUCAGUGUGUGUUAACAGUUAAAUAACAACACAAACAGUUCACUAUCCAGUUCAGUCCACAAUUUCUUGUUUUAUUUCUCUUUCGUAAGAGAGAUCACCAACUCCAGGCUGACUGUCUGCUGUGGCUUUAGUAACAGGGAUCACCAACUCCAGGCUGACUGUCUGCUGUGGCUUUAGUAACAGGGAUCACCAACUCCAGGCUGACUAUCUGCUGUGGCUUUAGUAACAGGGAUCAUCAACUCCAGGCUGACUGUCUGCUGUGGCUUUAGUAACAGGGAUCAUCAACUCCAGGCUGACUGUCUGCUGUGGCUUUAGUAACAGGGAUCACCAACUCCAGGCUGACUGUCUGCUGUGGCUUUAGUAACAGGGAUCACCAACUCCAGGCUGACUGUCUGCUGUGGCUUUAGUAACAGAGAUCAUCAACUCCAGGCUGACUGUCUGCUGUGGCUUUAGUAACAGGGAUCACCAACUCCAGGCUGACUGUCUGCUGUGGCUUUAGUAACAGGGAUCACCAACUCCAGGCUGACUGUCUGCUGUGGCUUUAGUAACAGAUCACCAACUCCAGGCUGACUGUCUGCUGUGGCUUUAGUAACAGGGAUCACCAACUCCAGGCUGACUGUCUGCGGUGGCUUUAGUAACAGGGAUCAUCAACUCCAGGCUGACUGUCUGCUGUGGCUUUAGUAACAGGGAUCAUCAACUCCAGGCUGACUGUCUGCUGUGGCUUUAGUAACAGGGAUCAUCAACUCCAGGCUGACUGUACUGUGGCUUUAGUAACAGAUCACCAACUCCAGGCUGACUGUCUGCUGUGGCUUUAGUAACAGGGAUCACCAACUCCAGGCUGACUGUCUGCUGUGGCUUUAGUAACAGAGAUCAUCAACUCCAGGCUGACUGUCUGCUGUGGCUUUAGUAACAGAUCACCAACUCCAGGCUGACUGUCUGCUGUGGCUUUAGUAACAGGGAUCACCAACUCCAGGCUGACUGUCUGCGGUGGCUUUAGUAACAGGGAUCAUCAACUCCAGGCUGACUGUCUGCUGUGGCUUUAGUAACAGGGAUCACCAACUCCAGGCUGACUGUCUGCUGUGGCUUUAGUAACAGGGAUCAUCAACUCCAGGCUGACUGUCUGCUGUGGCUUUAGUAACAGGGAUCAUCAACUCCAGGCUGACUGUCUGCUGUGGCUUUAGUAACAGGGAUCAUCAACUCCAGGCUGACUGUACUGUGGCUUUAGUAACAGAUCACCAACUCCAGGCUGACUGUCUGCUGUGGCUUUAGUAACAGGGGUCACCAACUCCAGGCUGACUGUCUGCUGUGGCUUUAGUAACAGGGAUCACCAACUCCAGGCUGACUGUCUGCUGUGGCUUUAGUAACAGAGAUCAUCAACUCCAGGCUGACUGUCUGCUGUGGCUUUAGUAACAGGGAUCAUCAACUCCAGGCUGACUGUCUGCUGUGGCUUUAGUAACAGGGAUCACCAACUCCAGGCUGACUGUCUGCUGUGGCUUUAGUAACAGGGAUCACCAACUCCAGGCUGACUGUCUGCUGUGGCUUUAGUAACAGAUCACCAACUCCAGGCUGACUGUCUGCUGUGGCUUUAGUAACAGAGAUCAUCAACUCCAGGCUGACUGUCUGCUGUAGCUUUAGUAACAGAGAUCACCAACUCCAGGCUGACUGUCUGCUGUGGCUUUAGUAACAGAGAUCACCAACUCCAGGCUGACUGUCUGCUGUGGCUUUAGUAACAGAGAUCAUCAACUCCAGGCUGACUGUCUGCUGUAGCUUUAGUAACAGAGAUCACCAACUCCAGGCUGACUGUCUGCUGUGGCUUUAGUAACAGAGAUCAUCAACUCCAGGCUGACUGUCUGCUGUAGCUUUAGUAACAGAGAUCACCAACUCCAGGCUGACUGUCUGCUGUGGCUUUGCAGUGUUGUUUACCCUGAUGCUUUAGACACGUGCAGAAACACACACACACACACAUAGAAACACAUAGUAACGGACACACUCAAACUCAUGCAGUUGCAGAAACAACCUAUAAACACACACUUGCAGAAAAACACAAUUAUACUGUCAUAGUGCUUGCGCUUGUGGAAACUUAGCAACUGUCAACAUACAUUCUCAGGGAUUUCUCAACAAAAAAAGCAAAGGAAAAUAAAAAAGAGAGAAUGAGAGCAUUUUAUUGUACUGUAUAUAUGAUAGUAUAUGUCUGAAUAUUGAAAACAAAUGUAUACGUUAACUAAUUUAUUAAAUCAUAUUCUAUGUAAUGCAAAAUACUUGAAGCUGCAGUACCAUGGUUUUUAUAACCAAAACAUAUCAGAAGGACUUUUAAAACGUGUCGCGUUGCGUCAUCAGGGGCCAGGACAAAGGUCAAAGGUUAGGGGUCAUCUCAGUAGGACUGUUAGCUGGGCGACCCCGGAGAGACAGACAGACUGACAUCCACUGGACUGCUUGACAGGAACCGGCUGUUUGCAAAAAAGGACAUGGAUGUUGUAUUUUGUGUGGACCAGCAAAAUAUAUGUAUCCUCCAGUUGAACACAGUUGUAUUGGGCACCGUGGUAUAAGAGGAGAGAAAGAGAAGAGAGAGAAACUGCCCAGGAGCCCGAUCAGUGAGCCUUAGCAUUACAAGUGGAGAACUCCGGCCCAGUGCCUACGAAGCCGUGAAAUGUAGAUCCGACAAAAUCCCUGACUUUUUACUAAUAAUUAGCAUAGUAAUACUCUGUGGUGAAAUUUGGUUUGUUCACGCAUCAUGUCUCCUUCCACAGUGUUCAAGUCACAAAAAAGAAUCUCCAUUAUAUGCACAACAACAAAUGAAAACAUGUACAUGCCUCUACAACGAACCUACAACAUGCCUCUUCUGUCGACUCCUUGACUUUGUGCAGGACAGAAAGUUGCUAUGUUGGUCUUGACUGUUCAAUUUUGUUUUGUUACGCUUUUUUAUAUGUUUCUCCUUUUUUAACUUUUUAGUUAUCUCUCUAGAAUUAUUCAACGAGAACAGCCUUCUUUCUUGCCUUGUCUUAACGCUUUAAAACAACCAAACGGGAGUUCUGACUACCAAACUUUGUUCAUUGAAAUGAAAAAGCCAACCAACUUUGGUUACAACUUUUAGUGUCUUUCAUUUUUAGCUGAAUGGUUCUGUGUUUUGUGCUUUAAAAAGCCCUUCUCCUCUGUUUUUGUUUUUGGGUGCAGAAACAUUGUCUAGUGUCUCUUGUCCCCUCCUCCUCUAGAGGUUUGUCCAGAGACAUAUCAUUCACGUUCCAUUUUAUUUAUUAUGAUAGGUAAACGAUUGUACUUCUUCAACCGUGUCAACAUUGCUCAUGAUGUUAAAAUUCAGAUUUGAUACACCAAUAUCAAUUUAUUUAUGUAACUAAAUCACUGUUUUUUAAACUUGUUAAUAAUUGAACUUUUUUGUUUGAAUUAAAAUUUGUUUUUUGAGAGGAAA